AUGUGCCGACCACGACUACUACCGUUCUCUGCAGCUGUUGGGAGUGCUAUGCUGCAGAUCGUUGCACUGCUGGUGCUAAUCUUGAUACCGGCACGCAACCCCGUUCGUUGUCUUCACAUGGAUGUGGAAAAAGUGAAUUACUUGCUGUUAGAUAAUGCAAAGAUCGAUGAAAGAAAUUUGCAUAAUUUUCUCGAAGAACACGAGCAACUGCUGCUGUUUGGUGAUCGUGGAACUGAUGAUUUCAAGAUAGUUAAUGUGCGGCAACGCAAACGUGAAAGCAGGUCAUCGCCAGGCAGUGGAUUUUUGCAGUUCAACAUGAGCACCGGUCGGGAGGACAACUUUGCGCUGCGACUGCAAAAGUCCGACAUUAUGAUCGACGAUGCGUUUGCAUUUAUUGAGAGCUAUGACAACGCCACCCAACUGAUGGACGAUUCCUACGAACGAGUCCUUAAGUACCGGGAUUGCUUCUACCGUAACGAUCGCGCGGCGUUCGAUCUGUGCGGCGGUAGCAUACGUGGUUUGAUACGGGCAAAUGAAACAGAUCUAGUUAUACAUCCGCUACCGGAGAGAUUCGGCACUGGUGCCCACGUGGUGUUAAACAGAAAUAAAUCCCGGGAAACCCAACGCAGCAACGCCAAUGUGAUGUUCGAACCGGACAUAAGUGAACGUGAGGGACGUUUUUCUGAGCCCCCUCAGCAUCGUUCCAGGUCGCGAUCUAAACGCCACAUCACGUCAAACCACAACGGGAAAGUUCCGGACGUGCUGCACAUCGAGACGGCAAUUUUCAUUGACAAAGAUCUGUACCGGCACAUGUCGAAGAACUAUCCGAAAAACACCGAAGCACAUCUGAUACGCUUUGUGUUGGCUAUGAUCAACGGUGUCCAGCUGCUUUACAACCAUCCUUCGUUGGGUCAUCCGAUAAAUUUCAUUCUCAAGCGGUUGGAGAUUUUGCACAACGAUCCGAAGGAUCUGCGCCGAUCGAGCGACAUCGACAUCUAUUUGAAUAGCUUUUGUGGCUGGCAGCGAAAGCUGAACCCGAUUUCCGACGCGGAUCCGGUGCACUUUGAUCACGCAGUUAUCCUCACCGGGUUGGAUCUGUUCGUGGUGAGCAAGAAUGGUAAGGUGAGCAAUCAGGUUGUGGGUUUGGCACCGGUCGCUGGCAUGUGUACGAUCACUUCAAGCUGCACGAUCAACGAGGGAAAACAUUUUGAAAGUGUGUUCGUUGUGUCGCACGAAAUUGGCCACAACCUGGGCAUGCGCCAUGACACCUCGGAAAACAACUGUGAUCCAAGUCUGUACAUCAUGUCACCGACAUUAGGUAGUGGGAAGAUUACGUGGUCAUCCUGUAGCCGAAAUUAUUUAAAUUCAUUUUUAAAGACAUCACAAGCCACCUGUCUGUUCGAUCGAGGACACUAUGGUUCGUCACUCGAUCACACGGGUGAAGGGAGACUUCCGGGAGAGCGGUUCGAUGCCGAUCAGCAGUGCCUGUUGAAGUACGGGAAAGACAGUACGAGAUCCAAGUCGCAAGAUUUGGCCGACAUUUGUCGCGAUUUGCAUUGCCAGCGGGACCGGUACACUUGGACAUCGCAUCCUGCCCUUGAAGGAACUAACUGUGGAAAGUUGAUGUGGUGUAGAAGCGGGGUUUGUGCCUCCAAAAUCCCUGGUUUGACGAUACAAUCCACCGGAAAGCACAUCACGGCUUUCAAGACAAUCGACAAAAAAGCCUUCAUCGAGGGUCUCAAAUUCGCCAGCUUGCGGCAGGACAUAUCGAGGACGCUGAACACGAUCCCAACGUGGGACUCGUGGAGCGAACCAACGGAGUGUGUUUCGGGCUGUUUGUACGGUGAGUCUGGCCGGCUUAAGGAGGGCAGCACGGGUUUGCGACAGUUUACCAGAAAAUGCCUUGACAAACGUAAAAACUGCUCAGGAUUCAGCCGCAAAUAUGAAACGUGCAUUGCGAAGCAGUGUUACAACAUCGCGCGAACCACGAUACUGGAAUUUUCAAAUCAAAUUUGUGGCCGCGCGAAAGAGUUUGAUACCGACAUCGUGGGCUACGGUUUACAAAGGGUGGCCGAGGAUCCCGAGGAUUCCUGCAAGGUGUUCUGCGAGACUAAACUGGGCGUGCCGAAGACGAAAAGUUGGAUCUAUCCGGACGGAACGGCUUGCAAGGUACGGAAUGGAGAUUUUGAUGACGCGUUCUACUGCGUUAGUGGCCGUUGCGAAAAGUUUAGCUGCAACAGCACGUCCAACAACUACUAUCGAUUGGAUGGGACGCGUUGCACGGAAUCGCAUCUGUAUGCGGAACGGAGCAGUAACAGCAUUCACCAGGAAAAUGGACGAGACUACAAAAGCUUGCAGUUGAACCAGAACAACUACUCUAUUACGCGGAACGAAGAAAGCACCACUCUUAAAUCAGUGUCAAGAAACUUCACUACACGAAAGCCAUUGCCGGAUAUCGGAGGUCACAACGACAAACCAGACGACAACACGUACCACCGAUGGCACUCGCAACCGCCCACGCUCAUCAACAAGUUGUCGGAGCUGCAAGGACGCAACCACCACUGGGAAGUGAAGUCAGGCUGCCAUUUUAGCUGCAUGGAACGAGGCAAAGGAGUACAAAUCGUGUCCUCGGUAGCCGGCACUAACACCAACAUUCAGCUCUGCACCGCCAAUACGAUUGCUUGCGACAAAGUGCUGUCGACGUACGAGUUUGCGACGCAGUUGUGCAAAAAAUACCAGCAAAAAGUGUCGGGUUUGUCCGGCAUUGGCAUGCAAAUUGCGCCCAGUGUGGAAGAUCCGGAUCGAAGCUGCCGGGUGGCGUGUCAGGAUACGUACAUAAGGCAUCGAUUCUAUUUGGUGAAUGGGGAGCAAGGACACUUCCCAUUCGGUACACGGUGCAAUCACAAUGAAUCGAAUCGCUACUGUAUCAACGGAAAAUGUUUGCAUUUCGGUACCGACGACACACCCGUUAAUGAAUCGUACAAUAGUCUACCAAACAUUCGAAUCAAGAGAGCUGCGAAGCGUACAAAACGGCAUUUCGAAUACUUUGCACCGGUGAACAUAACGGAACGGAUCAGCGAGGAAUUUUUGCAAAAUCUGAUCGCAAGCAUCGAUUUUUCGCGAGCCAUCAACAAUAACAACGCAAUCCUAGAAGAUCACAUUGACUUGAAGAAUCCAAUUUACGUUGAGCCUUGA